GGGCCGCGCUGCGGGCAGGGCGCCGUGGGGAGCAGCGGGCAAAGGCCGGGAGCGCUGCGGCGAUGCAGGUCCCCGUUUUCACGGUUGAUGCCUUUACAAACCGGCCGUUUUGUGGAAACCCCGCGGCAGUUUGUCUGCUCGAAAAUGACUUGGAUGAAAAUUUGCACCAAAGAAUUGCGACAGAAAUGAACCUUUCCGAAACUGCCUUCAUCAGAAAACUGCACCCUACGGAUGACUUUACCAAAAGUUCCCGCUUUGGACUCCGAUGGUUCACCCCGGCCAAUGAAGUUCCUCUCUGUGGUCAUGCUACACUUGCCUCAGCUGCUGUUUUAUUUCACAUAAAAAAAAACCCAAACUCAGUUCUUACUUUUGUGACUCUGAGUGGGGAAUUGAAAACAAGACAAGAGAAAGACCAUAUUGUGCUGGACUUACCACUUUACUCAACCUACCCACAGGAACUUCGGGAAGUAGAAGAAUUAAUAAAGGCUGCCACUGGUGACAUGAUUGUUCAAGAUAUCCGUUAUUCUCCUGACACAAAGAAACUCCUGGUCCGUCUCAGUGAUGCUUAUGAAAGGUCUGUGCUGGAAGAACUACAAGUGGGCGCACAACGUUUUCUGUCAGCUGAAAAAACUGGGAAAGUGAAAGGACUCAUACUCACUCUGAAGGGAAAGCCCAAUGGAAAAGACAAAGGCCAUGAUUUUUACUCCAGAUAUUUUGCACCUUGGUACGGCGUGCUGGAAGACCCUGUUACAGGAUCUGCCCAUGCUGUUCUAAGCAGCUACUGGUCAGAGCAGCUGGGAAAGAAAGAAAUGCUUGCUUUUCAAUGUUCUCGACGUGGAGGAGAGUUGAAGAUUUCACUUCAUGAUAAUGGAAGAGUUGAAAUUGCAGGGCAAUUUGCUAUUGUAUUGAAAGGAAACUUGACUUUAUGAAGAAACUGACACUAACAGUAUCAUGUAUCACACCUUUAUAUUACUCAUAUUGUGUUGAUUAUAUCGUAGUUUUAGGCAGAGCACUACCACUGUCCUCUAAAAUCUUUGAUUACUUAUUGUCCAUUUUUAAAAACUGCUUGAAAACGUUCACUUUUAAUCUUGAAGAUCCCUGGUAUCGUUUCCUUCACUUUCAUGUCAGGAUUUCAUCUGUAAACUGAUCUCAGAAAUUGUCCAAGGACGUCCCUCUUAUUUUUCUGCUCUUAAAUAAUUCGUUUUUUCUUUUUUUCUUUUUUUCCCAGUUUCCACAUUAAAAGUCACUUGACCUUC